ACUCAAACAGACAACGUGGCAUUGAGAGGAGUGGCCACUCAGUCAUCACAGUUUGGGGAUCGCAAUGCUGAAUAUGCCAUUGAUGGGAAAAGAAACACAAACUAUGAAUCCUGCACCCACACCACACAGGAGACCAACCCCUGGUGGAGAGUGGACCUGCUGGAUGUGACCAGAGUGACAGCUGUCACCAUCACCAACAGAGACGAUGUUCCUGAGAGGCUUGAUGGUGCUGAGAUCCAUAUCGGUAACUCACUGGAGAACAACGGCAUCAACAACCUCAGGUGAGUAGUGAAAUAGAAUAGAUAACAUUGUACUGUAAUUCUGAUUGAUUGUAAAGUUUAUGUGAGUCAGUAAAAAUAAGUUAUUCAAUAAAUGUGUUGAUAUUUUCAGUCAUACUUUAGUGAAGUAGCAUGUUAACUAUAGCAACGCACUGUACAAUAAACGCUCUCUCCCCCACCCUCUCUCUCUCUCUUUACUUCAGAUGUGUUGUCAUAUCCCACAUCCCAGCAGGAGAGACCCACACAUUCCAGUGUAAAGAGAUGGAGGGUCGUUAUGUUGUUGUGGUCAUCCCAGGCAGGUCGGAAUAUCUCACUCUGUGUGAAUUGGAAGUAUAUGGCACUCCUGCAGGUAAUCACCUGUAACUGUCUUCGCUAUUCACAUUCCUCAUCAAGUGAAGUUUACAUUACUUGUAUAUAGUAGAACAUGAAUGUUGGAACUGAUAAACAUUCAGUUGGUUCAGGUGCUUCAUUCAUAGUCAAAUAAACAAAUCAAUAAAUCAAUGAAUAAAGUAUAAGCAUGUCCCAAUUAAAGGUAACUAAUUACAUUUAAUACAAGUUGGUGCAGGUGUGUGUGUGUGUAUGUACAGGGGGGUGUGGAUGUGUAUAUCUGAGGUGUAUUCACUAGGAACCAAAUGGAACAAAAUGGACGAAAUGGGGAAGGACUAACCUGAACUAACCUGUAAAAUGUUUUCUGUUGCAAAAUGUAUGGCUAAGGUGUGCACUACUGAAUAAACCUGUGUAUUAUGUCUGUCUCUGUCACUCAAACAGACAACGUGGCGUUGAGAGGAGUGGCCGCUCAGUCAUCACUUUUUCAUUGGGCCUAUACUCCAAGCAAAGUCAUCGAUGGAAACCGCAACUCUAACUAUAACUAUGGUGGAUCCUGCAGCAGCACUACUUUUAACACCAACCCCUGGUGGAGAGUGGACCUGCUGGAUGUGUACAGAGUGACAGCUGUCACCAUCACCAACAGAGGAGACUGCUGUCCUGAGAGGCUUGAUGGUGCUGAGAUCCAUAUCGGUAACUCACUGGAGAACAACGGCAUCAACAACCCCAGGUGAUACAUAGACAUCAGUAUAUUUGUAUGUCCUGUCUUGAAGGUAUUUGGAUACAUUGGACUUCAUCCAUGCUUCUGUAGCUAUUCUGUGGCUAUGUAUUGAACAGACUGAUUGUAUUCUCUGUGGUACAUUGUAGAGCAUCCUCAUUCCCUCUCAUGUGCUCUCUCUCUCUCUCUCUCUCUCUCUCUCUCUCUCUCUCUCUCUCUCUCUCUCUCUCUCUCUCUCUCUCUCUCUCUCUCUCUCUCUCUCUCUCUCUCUCUCUCUCUCUCUCUCUCUCUCUCUCUCUCUCUCUCUCUCUCUCUCUCUCUCUCUCUCUCUCUCUCACUCUUUCAGAUGUGUUGUCAUAUCCCACAUCCCAGCAGGAGAGACCCACACCUUCCAGUGUAAUGAUAUGGAGGGUCGCUAUGUUGUUGUGGUCAUCCCUGGACAGAACAGGAUUCUCACUCUGUGUGAGGUGGAAGUAUAUGGCAUUCCAGGUAAUCAUCUGUAACUGUCUUCACUGUUCACAUUCAUCAUCAAGUAAAGUUUACACAACGUUUACAUAGUAGAACAUCAAUGUUCUGGAAGUAUAAUUAAUGUGCUUGCUGACAGCAACAUCACUCUUGAUUUCUGUCAUAUUCCUAUUAAUGUGACUUGCUUCUGCAGUCACACUUUUAAUGUUGUAUUUAUUUCUUAUAUAGAUAUGGUAAUAAUAACUGAACUCUUAACCUCUUAUUUCAGACCCAGCCACCCCUAUUUCCUCCAACCCUCCCACCACUACUAUCUCCCCCCUCCCCUCCCCUCCACUCCCCCUCCCACCAGUAAUAUUACCCAUCUUCUAAACAUGUCAAAUGCAAUAAUAACUUUAAUGAAGAUAAUUAUUUUCCUAUCAGACUUCGUUUUAGUGGAGGUUAUACUUUUUCUUCCACAAUUCAUGUUCUUAUAUUGAAUGGUUUUUCUGUGACUCAGUGGGAGAUAUUUUCACAAUGCAAAUUAGUACAAAUCUGUGAAAGAAAUACAGUAAAACUCAUAAUCUGUCAGUGAGAUUUAAUAAGACACUUUUUUCUUCAACAAUGUGCGUUAUAAAAAGAACACUAUUCAUGCAUUGCUCAGCUUACUAAACUUUAGUAAAACAAUCACCUUUUUGUACAGCGCAUUGUUAAAGAAAUAUGUCAAAUUAAGUCAUACUGUCAAGUCCUAAUGAGUUUUGUGGUAUUCCUGGUAUGUUGCACAGAAUUUAACUAUUUUGCACCAUAAAAAAUGUAACCAAAUGUAUUUCAGCCCCCAAGUCAAAGAGAACGGUGGUGAGGAUGAAGAUCCAAUCAGAUGCUGAUCUGACAGACCAGGCAGUCGGUGACCAGCUCCUACAGCAGGUGAGAGAGAGGGAGAGGGGGAAGGAGAGAGAAAGGUGGAGGGAGAGAGAAAUAGAAUGUGUCUUUGAAUAUGAAAAUGUAUGUGCGAGUGCUGUCCAUGUGAUAAGAGAGAGAGAAUUCUGAAAAACCAUCCUCCGUGUACUACGUAAAACACCAAGUAAUGGAUGCAGAGCAGAAUUAGGACGAUUCCCUCUAAUGAUCAAAAUCCAGAGAAGAGCAAUUAAAUUCUACAACCACCGAAAAUAAGUAAUUAUCAAACCUUCCAUAAAAAUCCCUCACCUACAGAGAGAUGAACCUGGAUAAGAGUCCCCUCUGCCAGUUGGUAUGGGAACUCUGCUCACAAACAGACCCCACAGAGCCUCAGGACAGCAACACACAAUUAGACCCAACCAAAUCAUGAGAAAACAAAAAGAUAAUGACUUGACACAUUGGAAAGAAUCAACAAAAUAACUGAGCAAACAGUUUUUUUUAUUUAGCCCUAAACAGAGAGUACACAGUAGCAGAACAUCUGACCAUUGUGUAGGGCUGAUCCCAUGACAGCUUUGCACACUCUUGGCAUUCUCUCAACCAGCUUCAAGAGGUAGUCACCUGGAAUGCAUUUCAAAUAACAGGUGUGCCUUCUUAAAAGUUAAUUUGUGGAAUUUAUUUCCUUCUUAAUGAGUUUGAGACAAUCAGUUGUGUUGUGACAAGGUAGGGGGGUAUACAGAAGAUUGCCCUAUUUGGUAAAAGACCAAGUCCAUAUUAUGGCAAGAACAGCUCAAAUAAGCAAAGAGAAACAACAGUCCAUCAUUACUUUAAGACAUGAAGGUCAGUCAAUACGGAACAUUUCAAGAACUUUGAACGUUUCUUCAAGUGCAGUCGCAAAAAACAUCAAGCACUAUGAUGAAACUGGCUCUCAUGAGGACUGCGACAAGAAUGGAAAACCCAGAGUUAACUCUGCUGCAGAGGAUAAGUUCAUUAGAUUUACCAGCCUCAGAAAUUGCAGCCCAAAUAAAUGCUUCACAGAGUUCAAGUAACAGAUACAUCUCAACAUCAACUGUUCAGAGGGGACUGUGUGAAUCAGACCUUCAUGGUCGAAUUGCUGCAAAGAAACCAGUACAAUGGUGCCGUUUUAUGGACUCUUAACCAACCGUGCUAUUUUGUGUGUUUUUUCGCAUUGUUUGUAACUUAUUUUGUAGAUAAUGUUGCUGCUACCGUCUCUUAUGACCGAAAAUAGCUUCUGGACAUCAGAACAGUGAUAACUCACCUUGAACUGGACAAAUAUUUUCCUUUAAUGAGUUGGACGAGAGGGAUUUGCUCCAGACACCCGACAGGGCCCUCAUCCCCGUCAUUCGCAGUAGAAAGAAAAUAAGAUAUCACGGAAGGAGAUCGGGGUGCCUGGUCAGGAGCCGGCGACGAGUGGCUAAUCUGCCUUUGCCAUCAAUACUAUUGGCCAACUUACAAUCGCUUGAUAAUAAAGUGGACGAACUACAAGCCUGUAUAUCCUACCAACGGGAUAUUAAAAACUGUAAUAUCUUAUAUUUCACUGAGUCGUGGCUGAACGAAGACAUGAAUAACAUACAGCUGGCGGGUUAUACACUGUAUCGGCAGGAUAGAACAGCAGCCUCUGGUAAGACAAGGGGUGGCGGUCGAUGUAUAUUUGUAAACAACAGCUGGUGCACAAUAUCUAAGGAAGUCUAGGUUUUGCUCGCCAGAGGUAGAGUAUCUCAUGAUACCUCUAGAGUGGCGCAGUGGUCUAAGGCAGUGCUAGCUGUGCCACUAGAGAUCCUGGUUCAAAUCCAGGCUCUGUCGUAGCCGGCCGCGACCGGGAGACCCAUGGGGCGGCGCACAAUUGGCCCAGCGUCGUCCAGGGUAGGGGAGGGAAUGGCCGGCAGGGAUGUAGCUCAGUUGGUAGAGCAUGGCGUUUGCAACGCCAGGGUUGUGGGUUCCAUUCCCACGGGGGGGCCAGUAUGAAAAAUUAAAAAAAUCAUGUAUGCACUCACUAACUGUAAGUCGCUCUGGAUAAGAGCGUCUGCUAAAUGACUAAAAUGUAAAUGUAAUGAUAAGCUGUAGACCACACUAUCUACCAAGAGAGUUUUCAUCUAUAUUCUUUGUAGCUGUCUAUUUACCACCACAAACCGAUGCAGGCACUAAGACCGCACUUAAUGAACUGUAUACGGCCAUAAGCAAACAGGAAAACACACAUCCAGAGGUGGCGCUCCUAGUGGCCGGGGACUUUAAUGCAGGGAAUCUUAAAUCAGUUUUACCUCAUUUUUACCACUAUGUUAAAUGUGCAACCAGAGGGAAAAAAACUAUAGACCACCUUUACUCCACACACAGACACGUAAAGAAAGCUCUCCCUUGCCCUCCAUUUGGCAAAUCUGAUUCUAUCCUCCUGAUUCCUGCUUACGAGCAAAAAACUAAAGCAGGAAGCACCAGUGACUCGGUCAAUAGAAAAGUGAUCAGAUGAAGCAGAUGCUAAGCUACAGGACUGUUUUGCUAGCACAGACUGGAAUAUGUUCCGGGAUUCUUCCGAUGGCAUUGAGGAGUACACCACAUCAGUCACUGCCUUCAUCAAUAAGUGCAUCGAUGACGUCGUCCCUACAGUGACUGUACGUACAUACCCCAACCAGAAGCCAUGGAUUACAGGCAACAUCCGCAAUUAGAUAAAGGGUAGAGCUGCCACUUUCAAGGAGAGGGACUCUAACCCGGAUGCUUAUAAGAAGUCCCGCUAUGCCCUCUGACGAACCAUCAAACAAGUAAAGCGUCAAUACAGGACUAAGAAGGAAUCAUACUACACCGACAAAGGGAAGCAAAGCCGCGAGCUGCCCAGUGACACGAGCCUACCAGACUAGCUAAAUUACUUCUAUGCUCACUUCGAGGCAAGUAACACUGAAACACGCAUGAGAGCAUCAGCCGUUCCGGACGAAUGUGUGAUCAUGCUCUCCGUAGGCGAUGUGAGUAAGACCUUUUAAGUAGGUCAGCAUUCACAAGGCCGCAGGGCCAGACGGAUUACCAGGACGUGUACUCUGAGCAUGCGCUUACCAACUGGCAAGUGUCUUCACUGACAUUUUCAACCUCUCCCUGUCUGUGUCUGUAAUAACAACAUGUUUCAAGCAGACCACCAUAGUCCCUGUGCCCAAGAACACUAAGGUGACCAGCCUAAAUGACUACCGACCCGUAGGACUCACGUCUGUAGUCAUGAAGUGCUUUGAAAGGCUGGUCAUGGCUCAUAUCAACACCAUUAUCCCAGAAACCCUAGACCCACUCCAAUUUGCAUUCCGCCCCAACAGAUUGACAGAUGAUGCAGUCUCUAUUGCGUUCCACACUGCCCUUUCACACCUAGACAAAAGGAACACCUAUGUGAGAAUGCUAUUCAUUGACUACAGCUCAGCUUUCAACAACAUAGUGCACUCAAAGCUCAUCACAAAGUUAAGGACCCUGGGACUAAACACCUCCCUCUGCAACUGGAUCCUGGACUUCCUGACGGGCCGCCCCCAGGUGGUAAGGGUAGGUAAAAACACAUCUGCCAUGCUGAUCCUCAACACGGGGGCCCCUCAGGGGUGCGUGCUCAGUCCCCUCCUGUAUUCCCUGUUCACUCAUGACUGCAUGGCCAGGCACGACUCCAACACCAUUAAGUGAAGUUUGCCGAUGACACAACAGUGGUAGGCCUGAUCACCGACAACAAUGAGACAGCCUAUAGGGAGGAGGUCAGAAACAUGGCCACGUGGUGCCAGGACCGAGCAUGCCCCCAUUCUCAUCGAUGGGGCUGUAGGGGAGCAGGUUGAGAGCUUCAAGUUCUUUGGUGUCCACAUAACCAACAAAUUAACAUGGUUCAAGCACACCAAGACAGUCGUGAAGAGGGCACGACAAAACCUAUGUCCCCUAAAGAGACUGAAAAGAUUUGGCAUGGGUCCUCAGAUCCUCAAAAGGUUCUACAGCUGCACCAUCGAGAGCAUCCUUAAUGGUUGCGUCACUGCCUGGUAUGGCAAAUGCUCGGCCUCCGACCGCAAGGCACAACAGAGGGUUGUGCGUACAGCCCUGUACAUUACUGGGGACAAGCUUCCUGCCAUCCAGGACCUCUAUACCAGGCAGUGUCAGAGGAAGGCCAUAAAUAUUGUCAAAGACUCCAGCCACCCUAGUCAUAGACUGUUCUGUCUGCUACCGCACGGCAAGCGGUACAGGAGCACCAAGUCUAGGUCCAAGAGGCUUCUAAACAGCUUCUACCCCCAAGCAAUAAGACUCCUGAACAUCUAAUCAAACGGCUACACCAUCCCAACCGUGAAGCACGGGGGUGGCAGCAUCAUGCUUUGGGGGUGCUUUGCUGCAGGAGGGACUGGUGCACUUCACAAAAUAGAUGGCAUCAUGAGGAAGGAAAAUUAUGUGGAUAUAUUGAAUCCUAUAGAAAAUGUGUGGGCAGUACUGAAAAAGCGUCUGUGAGCAAGGAGGCAUACAAACCUGACUCAGUUACACCAGCUCUGUCAGGAGGAAUGGGCCAAAAUUCACCCAAUUUAUUGUGGGAAGCUUGUAGAAGGCUACCCGAAACGUUUGACCCAAGUUAAACAAUUUAAAGGCAAUGCUACCAAAUACUAGUGUACGUAAACUUCUGACCCAUUCUCUCUACUAUUAUUCUGACAUUUCACAUUCUUAAAAUAAAGUGGUGAUCCUAACUGACCUAAAGCAGGGCAUUUUUACUAGGAUUAAAUGUCAGGAAUUGUGAAAAACUGAGUUUAAAUGAAUUUGGCUAAGGUGUAUGUAAACUUCGGACUUCAACUGUAUAUAUAUCAUGGUGUACAAGACACCUGUCUGAUUCGCGCUGGGUGGACUGAUCCAUUGUGUAGCCUGUGGGGAUGGCACAGUCCAUCAGUCUAAGUCAUGUGCUACUGAAAUUGUAUAUGGUUAUAUUACAUAAGAACAAUGGUGCAACCAAGAUUGAACUCUUUGGCCUGAAUGCCAAGCAUCACGUCUGGAGGAAACCUGGCACAAUCCCUACUGUGAAGCAUGGUGGUGGCAGCAUCAUGCUGUGGGGAUGUUUUUCAGUGGCAUGGACUGGGAGACUAGUCAGGAUUGAGGGAAAGAUGAACAGAGCAAAGUACAGGGAGAUCCUUGAUGAAAACCUGCUCAGGACCUCAGACUGGGGCGAAGGUUCACCUUCCAACAGGACAACGACCCUAAGCACACAGCCAAGACAACGCAGGAGCCUGGACUUGAACCCGAUCAAACAUCUCUGGAGAUACCUGAAAAUAGCUGUGCAGUGAUGCUCCCAAUCCAACCUGGCAAGGCUUGAGAGGAUCUACAGAGAAGAAUGGGAGAAACUCCCCAAAUACGCCUGUGCCAAGCUUGUAGAGUCAUACCCAAGAAGACUCGAGGCUGUAAUUGCUGCCAAAGGUGCUUCAACAAAGUACUGAGUAAAGGGUCUGAAUACUUAUGUAAAUGUGAUAUUUCAGUUUUUCUUUUCUAUUUUGUAAAAAUGUCUAAAAACCUGUUUUUGCUUUGUCGUUAUGGGGUAUUGUUUGUAGAUUGAUGAGGGGGAAAAAACUAUCCGAAUGCAUUGUACUUCAAUACUUCUAUAGUGUGCCAAUCAAUCAUUCAUUCGUUCAUGUCAUCACACAGCAUACGAGUCAUUCAUGAUUGAAAUGCAAUCAAGCAUUUUAGUUUUAAAAUAAAAUAAAGCGAGCCUUGAACAAUAAAUAAACCGUUCCAUUUCGGGAAAUCCAUUCACGACUGAAUGCUAAUGUUUUUUUGUCACGAUCGUUAGACGGAGUAGACCAAUGCGCAGCGUUACCGGGCUGACGAUGCGCACCCCUGGCUUGGUUCGUGGAGCAGGAACGGGCCGGACCGGGCUGACGAUGCGCACCCCUGGCUUGGUGCGUGGAGCAGGAACGGGCUGGACCGGGCUGACGACUCGCACCCCUGGCUUGGUGCGAGUGGCAGGAACAGGCCGGGCCGGGCUGGCGACGCGCACCGUAGCUUUGGUGCGAGUGGCAGGAACAGGCCGGGCCGGGCUGGCGACGCGCACCGUAGCUUUGGUGCGAGUGGCAGGAACAGGCCGGGCCGGGCUGGCGAUGCGCACCGUAGGCUUGGUGCGAGUGGCAGGAACAGGCCGGGCCGGGCUGGCGACGCGCACCGUAGACUUGGUGGGAUGGGAGAAACUCCCCAAAUACGCCUGUGCCAAGCUUGUAGAGUCAUACCCAAGAAGACUCGAGGCUGUAAUUGCUGCCAAAGGUGCUUCAACAAAGUACUGAGUAAAGGGUCUGAAUACUAAUGUAAAUGUGAUAUUUCAGUUUUUCUUUUCUAUUUUGUAAAAAUGUCUAAAAACCUGUUUUUGCUUUGUCGUUAUGGGGUAUUGUUUGUAGAUUGAUGAGGGGGAAAAUACUAUCCGAAUGCAUUGAACUUCAAUACUUCUAUAGUGUGCCAAUCAAUCAUUCAUUCGUUCAUGUCAUCACACAGCAUACGAGUCAUUCAUGAUUGAAAUGCAAUCAAGCAUUUUAGUUUUAAAAUAAAAUAAAGCGAGCCAUGAACAAUAAAUAAACCGUUCCAUUUCGGGAAUUCCAUUCACGACUGAAUGCUAAUGUUUUUUUGUCACGAUCGUUAGACGGAGUAGACCAAUGCGCAGCGUUAGUUGCAAACAUACUUAAUGUUUAUUAUCUUUAGUGAUAAUAUAAACAACAAAACAACAAACGAAACGUGCAGUCCUACGGUUAACACAACCAACACGGAAACAAACCAAACGGAAACAAGAUCCCACAAACACUAAGGGAAAAACAGACUGUUUAAAUAUGGUUCCCAAUCAGAGACAACCAGCAACAGCUGACACUCGUUGCCUCUGAUUGGGAACCAAUCUGGCCAACAUAGAAAUAUAACACAUAGAACUAUAACACAGAACUAGAACACAUAGAAUCUACACACCCUGGCUCAACAUAUAGAGUCCCCAGAGCCAGGGUGUGACAGUACCCCCCCCCCCAAAGGCGCGGACUGCGACCGCGCCUCAACAUAGACAAACCAGGGGAGGGCUGGGUGGGCAUUCCUCCUCGGAGGCGGUUCCGGCUCCGGGCUUGACCACCACCCUCCAAUAAUCCCCCCGUAGCGCCCCUGGUCCGGUCUGGCCCCGCUGGCUGGAGCUGGACUGGACAUCGUAGGAGCGGAUUGCUUCAGCUCCGGUGUGGAGCAGCUGACCGGUACCUGACCAGGCACCGGUGACCCAGGCACGGGUUGUGCCGGACUGACGACGCCCACCCCUGGCUUGGUGCGUGGAGCAGGAACGGGCCGGACCGGACUGACGAUGCGAACCCCUGGCUUGGUGCGUGGAGCAGCAACGGGCCGGACCGGGCUGACGAUGCGCACCCCUGGCUUGGUGCGUGGAGCAGGAACGGGCCGGACCGGGCUGACGAUGCGCACCCCUGGCUUGGUGCGUGGAGCAGCAACGGGCCGGACCGGGCUGACGAUGCGCACCCCUGGCUUGGUGCGUGGAGCAGGAACGGGCCGGACCGGGCUGACGAUGCGCACCCCUGGCUUGGUGCGUGGAGCAGCAACGGGCCGGACCGGGCUGACGAUGCGCACCCCUGGCUUGGUGCGUGGAGCAGCAACGGGCCGGACCGGGCUGAUGAUGCGCACCCCUGGCUUGGUGCGUGGAGCAGGAACGGGCCGGACCGGGCUGACGAUGCGCACCCCUGGCUUGGUGCGUGGAGCAGGAACGGGCCGGACCGGGCUGACGAUGCGCACCCCUGGCUUGGUGCGUGGAGCAGGAACGGGCUGGACCGGGCUGACGACUCGCACCCCUGGCUUGGUGCGAGUGGCAGGAACGGGCUGGACCGGGCUGACGACUCGCACCCCUGGCUUGGUGCGAGUGGCAGGAACAGGCCGGGCCUGGCUGGCGACGCGCACCGUAGCUUUGGUGCGAGUGGCAGGAACAGGCCGGGCCGGGCUGGCGACGCGCACCGUAGCUUUGGUGCGAGUGGCAGGAACAGGCCGGGCCGGGCUGGCGACGCGCACCGUAGGCUUGGUGCGAGUGGCAGGAACGGGCCGGACCGGGCUGACGAUGCGCACCCCUGGCUUGGUUCGUGGAGCAGGAACGGGCCUGACCGGGCUGACGAUGCGCACCCCUGGCUUGGUGCGUGGAGCAGGAACGGGCUGGACCGGGCUGACGACUCGCACCCCUGGCUUGGUGCGAGUGGCAGGAACAGGCCGGGCCGGGCUGGCGACGCGCACCGUAGCUUUGGUGCGAGUGGCAGGAACAGGCCGGGCCGGGCUGGCGACGCGCACCGUAGCUUUGGUGCGAGUGGCAGGAACAGGCCGGGCCGGGCUGGCGACGCGCACCGUAGGCUUGGUGCGAGUGGCAGGACAGGCCGGGCCGGGCUGGCGACGCGCACCGUAGACUUGGUGCGUGUGGCAGGAACAGGCCGGGCCGGGCUGGCGACGCGCACCGUAGGCUUGGUGCGAGGGGCAGGAACAGGCCGGGCCGGGCUGGCGACGCGCACCGUAGGCUUGGUGCGAGUGGCAGGAACAGGCCGGACCGGGCUGGCGACGCGCACCGUAGGCUUGGUGCGAGUGGCAGGAACAGGCCGGGCCGGGCUGGCGACGCGCACCGUAGGCUUGGUGCGAGGGGCAGGAAAAGGCCGGGCCGGGCUGGCGACGCACACCGUAGGCUUGGUGCGGGGAGCAGGAACAGGCCGGGCCGGGCUGGCGACGCGCACCGUAGGCUUGGUGCGAGGGGCAGGAACAGGCCGGGCCGGGCUGGCGACGCACACCGUAGGCUUGGUGCGGGGAGCAGGAACAGGCCGGGCCGGGCUGGCGACGCGCACCAUCCACUUAGUGCGGGGAGCAGGAACGGGCCGGACCGGACUGGUGACGCACACCACUUGCUUGGUGUGAGGAGCGGGACUGGGUUUCGUCAUAACCCUCCGCUCCCUCAGCUGCCUACCGAGUUCCUCUCGCCGUGCCUCAAUUCUCACCUUCUCCCUUAUCGCCUCCAAUAGCUCCACCCUCUGCACCACUAACUCCUGCUCCCUCUGCGCCAAUAGCCCCCUUAACCUGGUGGCCUCCUCACCUAACCUCCUACUACGCCCUGUAGCUGCCUCCUGCUGCCCCAUCGCCCAUGCCGUAUGCCCCCCCCUAAAACAUUUUUGGGGUUGCCUCUCGUCCGUCCGACGACGACACUGUUGACGCCGUUGCUCCUCUCUCCGUCGCGCCUCUACCGUCUCACUCCAUGGACGGCGGUCCAUCCCGGCCUGGAUUUCCUCCCAGGUCCAGGACCCCUGCCCGUCCAAUAUUUGCUCCCACGUCCAGGCUGCCUGCUCCUGGACACGCUGCUUGGUCCUGGUAUGGUGGGAUCUUCUGUCACGAUCGUUAGACGGAGUAGACCAAUGCGCAGCGUUAGUUGCAAACAUACUUAAUGUUUAUUAUCUUUAGUGAUAAUAUAAACAACAAAACAACAAACGAAACGUGCAGUCCUACGGUUAACACAACCAACACGGAAACAAACCAAACGGAAACAAGAUCCCACAAACACUAAGGGAAAAACAGACUGUUUAAAUAUGGUUCCCAAUCAGAGACAACCAGCAACAGCUGACACUCGUUGCCUCUGAUUGGGAACCAAUCUGGCCAACAUAGAAAUAUAACACAUAGAACUAUAACACAGAACUAGAACACAUAGAAUCUACACACCCUGGCUCAACAUAUAGAGUCCCCAGAGCCAGGGUUUGACAUUUUUAGUCUUUGCUCUAAUAAAGGCUUAGCAAAAAUAUACUUUACAACAGACUCUCUGGUACGUUUUUUUAGUGUUGUUUACAUUGUUCCAAACGGUCAGCAAAAUGAUAUUGUAAUCGAUACAGCGCCUCUUUGGCCCAAAUAAUAAUAUGCUGGCAGCUCCUUACCUUUUUCUUGAUCUCCAGUAUUUUCCACAACUAGUCACAUUUAUUCCACACAUCUGACUUUCCUUUUACCUCCUGAGCAACCUGUAAAAAUUCCCCCGUUUCGAGUUGAUUUGUCACGUCCUCUGCAUCCAUUUUGCUGUCACAUGUGUUACGGUGUUCAGAGUUUGUUAUAACCAAUUUAUUGAUGUGAUAUGCUAUGCUAUAGGCACGGCCUGCCCGCUCAUUAGGCAGGAUUAGGAGGCCGCCAGUGGCGGUAGAUUGACGAGGGCAGCAUUUUCUGAGCUAAACUGACCAAGACGCACCUGCAACAACAUCACAUAAAACCUCACAUAAUCCUGUCCAAAAACAAUGACAAUUUCUCUCAACCAGUGGCAUAUGGGCUUUUUAGGUGAGCGCUGAUGCCACUCUUUGAUAAGCAGUGCCCACUUUGUCAAAGGCAGGGGCGCAAAAUAUUUUGCUUGUCCAUUUUCAGCGUGCCUUUCCAGGGUGCUGUUGGAGAGACGCAUCUCUGUAGUGCUCCACCAACGUUCAGUCAAAGGAUAUGGUAGAAAGAGGAUGUGGCCUUUUCUGUAGCCUACAGGCUGGAGAUAAAAUGUAUGACAAUGUCAUGACAGACACUUUUUACAUCAUGCAGGGUUCUCUGAUCAAAUAGCCUAACCCAAAUGGCGCUCAAUCAAAUAAAACAUGUGCUGUCAUGUUAAAUUAACAAAGCAACAUAUCCUAAAAACAGGACAGGUCAAAGUAAAAUGGACAAUCACAAUUGUUGUCCAGGAGUUUCACCCCAUUUCACCCCAAUUUUUUGACAAGCUGAUCAUAGCGAAAAAGAAAAUACUUCUGCAUUAGCCACUGUGUAAACACAUUGCAAAUAGGCUCACGAUAACUCCUGAUAAAGUUGAGUAGCUGACUUUCAGAGCUUAAAUAGCCAAAUUGAUUAGUCACAUGAAUCAGGACUAAUAAAGCCAAUGCAAUGGCCUGUUUUACAAAAGGUGAGUCUACCACAUGGAUGGGCAUUCAUAAAAUUCCAUUGCAGGCGGACAUGGUAGGCUUCACCCUAGUAAGAACAAGCCGACAUCUUUUGGACGUCUUUUUGGGGUUCUGUCUGGGCAUCGUUUUUGGUGUUUUACAAAUGGUAUGCUUACCACAUAGAUGGGCAUUAAUAACAUUCAAUUUCAGGCAACACUGUAGGCUACACCUCAGUAAGCACUGACCGAUGUCUUUUUUUGGUGCAGUUCCGGACCGGCCUUGAUUUCCAUAUCCACUGACAUAGAUUUUUGGUCCAUUUUGUCCGGUCUGGAACAUCCUUGAUUUGGUCCAAACAUAGACAUCUAUAAAUAACUUAUUUUCAACUUUCAUUCAGAUCCAAAAAUGAGCCUGAUUUCAACAUCCGAAAAAAAUAAUAAUGUCAAUGUCUGUAAAAUACGUAUUUUCAACAUCAUAAAAUAAAUAUUUUCACCUUUCAUUCAGAAUCUAAAUUGAACCUAAAUUCAAAGUCUUGGAAAUACGUAUUUUCAACGUCAUUUUGCUUACUGGGACAAUUCUAGUCUCGCAUAUGGUGGCAGAACCGCAAAGGCCGGGCCUGGCUCUGUUGUGCGGGAUUAGCUUUUUCUGGGGGAGGUCGGGUAAUGUAAUUAAGUGAAUGAGCACAAAACACCACAUCUGUCAUUUUAGCCCCGUCCGAAUCUGCCAUGUCAUUUUUACAUGGCAGGAGAGUAACAAUUCCAGCCAGAAUAACCUCCUGUUUUUUUUUUUUUAGAACUCCAAUGUUCUGUGAUAAUAUUAGUCACAUGCGAAUUGGCAUCCCUGUGUUUUGAGAGAAAUGUCUGAGUUUGACAGGUGUUGCAAUAACUGAUUCGAUAAAUUGAACUAAGUGCUGCGCAUCAGCUAUAUAUGAAUGGCCUACAUGUAGCCUAGCAACUUUCACAGUGAAUGCUUUGGUUUAUAUGUUUUCUGCAUAUGAAUGGAAUAUUGCGAAAUGCAUCAGUAAAAAAUAUUGAGCCUAUUUAAUGCAACCCUUGCUGUUAAUAGAUUGCAAAGCAGCAGCAUACAACUGACCUAAACGUUUGGAAAUGACAAGUUAACUUUCUCAUCCAUAGCCUGAAAAGGCAUCGCAACUGCAAUUGCACUGUUUAGCUCACACCUGAAGGCUGGUGGUGUCACGCCCUGACUCAUGGGACUCUUGUAUGUUGAGUCAGGGUGUGGAUACCUAUGUUAGUAUUUCUAGGUUUUCAUUCUAGGUUUGUAUGUCUAUGUUUGGCCGGGUGUGAAUCCCAAUCAGAGACAGCUGUCGCUCGUUGUGUCUGAUUGGGGAUCAUACUUAGGCAGCCUAAUGGGACUCAUUAGUUGUGGGAUCUUGUUCCGGUUUGAGGCUUGUAUGGUGGUUAGCCUUAGGACUUCACAUUUCGUUUGUUUGUUGUUUUGUUUAGUAUGUUUAUCGUUGUAAUAAACAUGUACGCAUUUCACGCUGCGCCUUGGUCUGACCCGUCCUUAAACGAACGUGACAGGUGGGCAUUUAGGACAUAUUGUAGAUCACUAACAUAUCCUAAUGAUUAUGACCACACUUCCUCAAUUCAAAUAUUAUGGCGACACUAUAGAAAUAUGGUUUGGUUAAGCAAUGAGGGGGUUAUUAUACGGCCAAUAUACCACAGCUAAGGGAUGUUCUUAGGCAAGACGCAACCUGGUGCCUUAUUGCUAUUAUAAACUGGUUACCAACGUAAUUAGAGCGGUAAAAUAAAUGUUUUGUCAUACCCCUGGUAUACGGUCUGAGCCAAUCAGCAUUCAGGCCUCGAACCACCCAGUUUAUAAUAUGGUUUAUACAACAUGCCGGUCUAAUGCUGAUCGGUUAAAACCGCAUUCCAGCCGCUGUCUAUUUCGCAAGUUAUCACUGGCUAAAUCUAUGAUGUUAAAAUGCCUAUUUACUCUGUUCCAUCUGACUGCGCAAUCCACUGUCUCAUCAAAUCUUAUUUGCCACUUGAAAAUAGUCCGGGUAGCCAUGAUUAGCUGUUCAGGAGUCUUAUGGCUUGGGGGUAGUAGCUGUUAAGAAGCCUUUUGGACCUAGACUUGGCGCUCCGGUACCGCAUGCCGUGUGGCAGCAGAGGGAACAGUCUAUGACUAGGGUGGCUGGAGUCUUUGACAAUUUUUAUGGCCUUCCUCUGACACCGCCUGGUAUAGAGGUUGUGGAUGGCAGGAAGCUUGGCCCCAGUGAUGUACUGGGCCGCACACACUACCCUAUGUAGUGCCUUGCGGUCGGAGGCCGAGCAGUUGCCAUACCAGGCGGUGAUGCAACCAGUCAGGAUGGUGCAGCUGUAUAACUUUUUGAGGAUCUGAGAACCCAUGCCAGAUCUUUUCAGUCUCCCGAGGGGGAAUAGGUUUUGUCGGGCCCUCUGUACGAUUGUCUUGGUGUGUUUGGACCAUGAUAGUUUGUUGGUGAUGUGGACACCAAGGAACUUGAAGCUCUCAACCUGUUCCACUACAGCCCCAUUGAUGAGAAUGGGGGUGUGCUCAGUCCUGUCUUUUUGUUCCUGUAGUCCACAAUCAUCUCCUCUGUCUUGAUCACAUUGAGGGAGAGGUUGUUAUCCUGGCACCACACGGCCAGGUCUCUGACCUCCUCCCUAUUGGCUGUCUCAUCGUUGUCGGUGAUCAGGCCUACCACUGUUGUGUCAUCGGCAAACUUAAUGAUGGUGUUGUAGUCAUGGGUGAACAGGGAGUACAGGAGUGGACUGAGCACGCACCACUGAGGGGCCCCCGUGUUGAAGAUCAGUGUGGCAGAUGUGUUGUUACCUACCCUUACCACCGGGGGGCGGCCCGUCAGGAAGUCCAGGAUCCAGUUGCAUAGGGAGGUGUUUAGUCCCAGGGUCCUUAGCUUAGUGAUGAGCUUUGAGGGCACUAUGGUGUUGAACGCUGAGCUGUAGUCAAUGAAUAACUUUGUCACGUAGGUGUUCCUCUUGUCCAGGUGAGAAAGGGCAGUGUGGAGUGCAAUAGAGAUUGCAUCAUCUGUGGAUCUGUUGGGGCGGUAUGCAUAUUUAGUGGGUCUAGUUUUUCUGGGGUAAUGGUGUUUAUGUGAGCUAUGACCAGCCUUUCAAAGCACUUCAUGGCUACAGACAUGAGUGCUAUGGGUCGGUAGUCAUUUAGGCAGGUUAGUGUUCUUGGGCACAGGGACUAUGGUGGUAUGCUAGAAUUAUGUACAGACUUGUUGAAAAUGUCAGUGAAGACACUUACCACUUGGUAAGCGCAUGCUCAGAGUACACGUCCUGGUAAUCCAUCUGGCCCCCUCGGCCUUGUGAAUGUUGACCUGCUUAAAAGUCUUACCAACAUCGGCUAUGGAGAGUGUGAUCACAUAGUCAUCCGGAACAGCUGAUGCUCUCAUGCAUGCAUGUUGCUUGCCUCGAAGCGAGCAUAGAAGUGACUUAGCUCGUCUGGUAGGCUUGUGUCACUGGGCAGCUCGCGGCUGUGCUUCCCUUUGUAGUCUGUAAUAGUUUGCAAGCCCUGCCACAUCCGACGAGUGUCGGAGCCGGUGUAGUACGAUUAAAUCUUAGUCCUGUAUUGACACUUUGCCUGUUUGAUGGUUCAUCGGAGGGCAUAUCGGGAUUUCUUAUAAGCGUCCAGGUUAGAGUCCUGCUCCUUGAAAGCUGCAGCUCUACCCUUUAGCUCAGUGCGGAUGUUGCCUAUCAUCCAUGGCUUCUGGUUGGGGUAUGUACGUACAGUCACUGUGGGGACAACGUCAUCGAUGCACUUAUUGAUGAAGGCAGUGACUAAUGUAGUGUACUCCUCAAUGCAAUCGGAAGAAUCCAGGAACACAUUCCAGUCUGUGCUAGCAAAACAGUCCUGUAGCUUAGCAUCUGCGUCAUCUGACCACUUCCUUAUUAACCUAGGAUAAAGUAAUCCUUCUACCCCCCCCCCCCACCCCCCCCCCCCCCAAAAAAAAUUGUAAAGUGGUUAUCCCACUGGCUAUAGGGUGAAUGCAUCAAUUUGUGAGUCGCUCUGGUCAAGAGCGUCUGCUAAACGACGUAAAUGUGCCCUUGAGCAAGGCACUUAACCCUAAUUGCUCCUGUAAGUCGCUCUGGAUAAGAGCGUCUGCUAAAUGACUAAAAUGUCAAUGUAAAAUGUAACCGAGUCACUGGUGCUUCCUGCUUUAGUUUUUGCUUAUAAGCAGGAAUCAGGAGGAUAUAAUUAUGGUCAGAUUUGCCAAAUGGAGAGCGAGGGAGAGUUUUGUACACGUCUCUGUGUGUGGAGUAAAGGUGGUGUAGAGUUUUUUUUCCUCAGGUUGCACAUUUAACAUGCUGGUAGAAAUUAGGUAGGACCCAGCCAAGCAAUUUCUAAACUUGAUCUCCACUAUAAAAAGCAUCUACACAUUAUCUGACAUUUAGUUUUCAACAGCGGAGAUUUGUAUAAACCUUUGUCUGUCUUUCCGACAUUUGCAACAUUGUUUCAAUAUUCAAAUUCCAUCUCCAGCUGUCCCAUAGUAAUGAACAUGUCGGGAGUCAGGAUGAGAUGGACUGACAGGCAGCGUUUCUCAGCCAGUUGAAAUCAUGAAUCAGCUGACAUUUUUAUGGAUAUAUAUACAAAGAAAUGUCAGUUGAAAAAAGAUAAAAAUAAAUGAAGUGCAGCUAGUUUGCAGUCUUUCCAGCUUCAGUUUAAAGUAAUUGUGUUAGCUGUGUUGUUGGCUAACUUGUGACCUGACAAGUGAGCACAUUUUCUAUGCCAGGCGAAAUCGCACCUCAUUAGCUCAUUGUUAUAGAUGUAUCCAAAUAAAUGUCACUAGAAAACAGCUUAAACAAAUGCAGCUACUUUGCUGUUAUUCUGGCUAAUUUCCUGAUUAUGAUCUUGUCUCAUUGCUGCAACUACCCAACGGGCUCGGGAGAGGCAAAGGUCGAGUCGCCCGCUUCUUAACAUCCGCUCCUUAACCCGGAAGCCAGCUGCACCAAUGUGUCGGAGGAAACACUGUUCAACUGAUGACCGCUAGAGCGCGAUGAGCCAAUUAAAGCUCCCCCGGCCAAACGCUCCCCUAACCCGGACGAAGCUGGGCCAAUUGUGCGCUGCCCUAUGGGACUCCCGGUCACGGCCGGUUGUGACAUAGCCUGGGAUCGAUCUCCAGGCUGUAGUAAUGCCGCAACACUGCAAUGCAGUGCCUUAGACCGAUGCGCCACUCGGGAGGACCCUGUCUGCACUUUUUGACCUGACCGUAAGUUAGCCGUAGUUUGCUAGCUAGCAAGCAAGGGAUAAGAACGUUGCCAGCUAGUAUGCGUAUAAGCUUAGUCUCGGGCCUAACAACACCCGUGCCAAUAUAGCCUCCAAACACUGGCUUCUCGGGCAUUAUCACUUAAUUGGAAACUUGGGAACCAAGCUUGAGUUAUCAGUGUAGUCCUAUUACCUGGACAUGUUGAAAUACUGUAUCUUCAUGCCUAGAAUAAAAACCUCCAGGCUUCCUUCAUAACUAUCAAUUAGUUGGAGAAAAAAAAUAAAGAAUUACGGGGGCAGUUUGGAAAAAACUAAUACAAUCCGAAUCGUCCUCUGGAAUAACGGACAUUCUGGAGUAAUAAUGAUAUAACCAACGUUCUCUAGUAAUACUAGUCCCAUGCGAAUAGGUAUUUGGUCACGUGCAUGCGCCGCAUACAUGUGUCACGUAAAGAGAGCAAGGUUUGAGGGAAUAAGGAAUGUUUUUCCUAAACAAAUGAGGGAUCUCGGUAACAAAACUUUUCAAUCAGAAAUGGCUGUAAUUAUGUUGCAGCUUCAGCAACACGGACAGCGCGAUUAACACUUUGAUGUUCUGCGGUGGUCACUGCAGCAGGGAGGAGAGUGAGACAACAGCUGCUAGUCACAGUCACUCGCUGUCUUUUGUUAAUUUUAACACAGCGCAGAAAGUCUGAGCAUGGCCCCGCACAAUCAAAUAAAUUGCUGGUCGGACUCCCUCUAGUCAAUUGUGUGUCUUAAUUAUUUAAUUAAACCUUGUGCUUAAAGCACCAGACAAGCUCAGUGAAUAAAGUUGAUUUGAUUAAAACACAUAGAAUGUGUCAAUAUAUGGAAAAAUAAAAGUAACUUACUUUCGAAAGAACAGACGACUCUUGGUCGACCAAGAUUUGUUUUUGUCGGGGACAGCCCUACCACUGUGACCACUGUAAUUGAACCAAAAUUAAGAAAAUCCUUGUCUAUGUACAGAUCGGUGAGCAUAGCUUUACUAUUGAGAGAGGCCGCCAUCAGCAGACCUGGCUCUCAAAAGAAGACAGGCUAUGUACCCACUGCCCACAAAAUGAGUUGGAAACCAAACUGCACUUCCUAACCGACUGUCAACUGUAUGACCAUAUCAGAGACACAUAUCUCCCUGAGAUUACACAGGCCCACAAAGAAUUUGAAAACAAAUCCAACCUUGAUAAACUCCCAUAUCUAUUAGUUGAAAUACCAGUGUGCAAUCACAGCAGCAAGAUUUGUGACCUGUUGCCACAAGAAAAGGGCAACCAGUGAAGAACAAACACCAUUGUAAAUACAACCUAUAUUGAUGUUUAUUUAUUUUCCCUUUCAUAUUUAAACUAUUUGCACAGUGUUACAACACUGUACAUUGCCAAUAGUAUAACAUUUGAAAUGUCUAUAUUUUAAUACUUUUAUGAGUGUAAUGUUUACUGUUUCUUUUUUGUUUCCCUUUUGUUGUCUAUUUCACUUACUUUGGCAAUGUUAACAUAUGUUUCCCAAGGAAAGAGAGUGAGCGAGAGAGAAUAAUCUAACCUCUUGUGCUUUAAUCUAGCUGCAUGUAGAGCUCAUGAAGCAGGGUGUGUCUGACGUUCAACUGCGCUGGAGGACUCAACCAGAUGGACAGAUUUUCCACCGUGAGGAAGAAGAGGAGGGUGGAACCACUCAGACAGGUAACAACAAGGAGCACAUUACAGACUGUUUUCCUUAUUGCAACAGACAGGCAUUGAAGACAUUGUGCUUUUAUCAGAGUUGGGGUCAAUUAUAUUUCAGGAAAUAAACACAUUUUUAUUCAAAUUUUCCUCAAUGUAUUUCAAUGCUGAAAAUGUGGAAGUAGAAUAUCAGUUUACUUCCUGAAUUGAAAUGGAAUUAUCCCUAACUCUGGGUCUUAUUACCUUGUUUCCAAGUUGUUAUUGUAGUGCGUGUUAGCGAGUGAUAUCUCAAUUAGUACCUGAAAGAGUUUGUCAUUUCUUUUCCAGGUGUCUGUGGAACUGAAGGGGGCUAGCCUGGUGAGAGACUCCAAGGAGACAAAAUAGUUUUAACAUUGGACUGUUUUGAUGACAUAAUCUAUCUACCAUAAAACUUCAAUUAUACACAGUCUCAAAUAAACACCUGUUUCAAAAUAAACCCAAGGUCUAAAUGAAUUGUUUACGAGGUUACCAUGAAUUGUUUCGGAGGUUUAAUGUUUGAUUUGUUACAUUAAAUAAUUCAGUAAUGACUCGAAGAAAUUAUGGCAAUCUUCCGUUUUUAUUGCCAGUAAAAAAAACUGCUAACCAUUGGCUGCUAACAGCUGAGAACUGCUAGCUAACUGGCAAGCAUAAAAACAGUCAACAACUUUGGGAAUACAGACCCCCAGAAAUUGGCAUUUUUUAAAAUUUAUUAUAGAGGCCUACUAAGACAAAAGAAACGUGACACAAUGUGUAAAUGAUAACACAUUAGUGCAGGAAAUUGAUUAAAAUGCUGGAAGUGAAUGCUGGAAUUAAACAACUAUGCAAAUUAGUAAAAGGAGUGUGCAUUAAGUAAAUUGAUGCCUGGCUCAAAUAGAAGCCUGCAUCUAACAAAACACCACAACAUAAAGAGAGACCUACAUUGCCUUGCAACUCAUCCUCCUUGGCGUUUUUCCUAUUUUGUUGCAUUACAACAUGUCAUUUAAAUUGAUUUUUAUUUGGAUUUCAUGUAAUGGCCAUACAAAAAUAGUCAAAAUUGGUGAAGUGACAUGAAAAAAAUAACUUGAUUUAAAAAAUUCGAAAAAAUAAAUAACGCAAAAGUGGUGCGUGCAUAUGUAUUAACCCCCUUUGCUAUGAAGCCCCUAAAUAAGAUCUGGUGCAACCAAAUACCUUCGGAAGUCACAUAAUUAGUUAAAUAAAGUCCACCUGUGUGCAAUCUAAGUGUCACAUGAUCUCAGUAUAUAUACACACCUGUUCUGAAAGGUCCCAGAGUCUGCAACACCACUAACCAAGGGGCACCACCAAGCAAGCGGCACCAUGAAGACCAAGGACCUCUCCAAACAGGUCAGGGUCAAAGUUGUGGAGAAGUACAGAUCAGGGUUGGGUUAUACAAAAAUAUCAGAAACUUUGAACAUCCCACGGAGCACCAUUAAAUCCAUCAUUAAAAAAUGGAAAGAAUAUGGCACCACAACAAACCUCCCAAGAGAGGGCCGCCCACCAAUACUCACGGACCAGGCCAGGAGGGCAUUAAUCAGAGAGGCAACAAAGAGACCAAAGAUAACCCUGAAGGAGCUGCAAAGCUCCACAGCGGAGAUUAGAAAAUCUGUCCAUAGGACCAUUUUAAGCCGUACACUCCACAGAGCUGGGCUUUACGGAAGAGUGGCCAGAAAAAAGCCAUUGCUUAAAGAAAAAAAUAAGCAAACACAUUUGGUGUUCGCCAAAAGGCAGGUGGGAGACUCCCCAAACAUAUGGAAGAAGCUACUCUGGUCUGAUGAGAGUAAAAUUGAGCUUUUUGGCCAUCAAGGAAAAUGCUAUGUCUGGCGCAAACCCAACACCUCUCAUCACCUCGAGAACACCAUCCCCACAGUGAAGCAUGGUGGUGGCAGCAUCAUGCUGUGGGGAUGUUUUUCCAUCGGCAGGGACUGGAAAACUGGUCAGAAUUGAAGGAAGGACGGCGCUAAAUACAGGGAAAUUCUUGAGGGAAACCUGUUUCAGUCUUCCAGAGAUUUGAGACUGGUACGAAGGUUCACCUUCCAGCAGGACAAUGACCCUAAGCAUACUACUAAAGCAACAUUCGAGUGGUUUAAGGAGAAACAUUUAAAUGUCUUGGAAUGGCCUAGUCACAGCCCAGACCUCAAUCCAAUUGAGAAUAUGUGGUAUGACUUAAAGAUUGCUGUACACCAGCGGAACCCAUCCCACUUUAAGGAGCUGGAGCAGUUUUGCCUUGAAGAAUGGGCAAAAAUCCCAGUGGCUAGAUGUGCCAAGCUUAUAGAGACAUACCCCAAGAGACUUGCAGCUGCAAUUGCUGCAAAAGGUGGCUCUACAUAGUAUUGACUUUGGGGGGGGGGGGGGGGGGGGGGUGAAUAGUUAUGCACGCUCAAGUUCUGUUUUUUUGUCUUAUUUCUUGUUUGUUUCACAAUUUAAAUAUAUUUUGCAUCUUCAAUGUGGUAGGCAUGUUGUGUGAAUCAAAUGAUACAAAUCCCCCAAAAAUCCAUUUAAUUCCAGGUUGUAAGGCAACACAAUAAGAAAAAUAUCAAAACACUGGAUGUGGUGCAAACAGAAUAAUAGCAAAUGAUAAUGGAAUAAUUAUUAUUUCUGAUCAAAUAAAAGUAAACCCACAGGAGGAUGUUUGGACACUGACUGACAGAACAUUUAAAUAUUAUUCCAGGAACAUCCUUCCACCAAAAAGCACACAAACACAUGCAUUUGCCUUCAAUCAUUUCAAUAGAAAACAUCGGCAUCCACAGAUUGAUGUUAUUGUGUAUUUACCCUUACAGAAAACCCAUCUCAAAAGGAGACAUUUAGUAUGCUAGCUAUUAACUACAGUACAGUACCUUCAUAUGAUGUGCCUAGGGCCAGGAGUGCUUCCUGACCAUGUGGUUUGACCAGAGGGGUAUACUACAAAGUAGGAUCAAAGCCAGCUAACUUUGAUAAACAACCAGAAAUAACUAUUUUAUCAUUCAUAAAGAAAUCUAAACUUAGAUAUGUGUUUUUGGUUGUUGAGUUACGUAGACCAUGCCCAUUUCAAGCUGAUCUUUCAAAAAAAAAAAAAAAAAAAUCUGAAUAUUUAGGCAAGUUAUCAGGCUCUCCUUGAGCCUUCAUCUUCAUAUAACCCUCUGGACAACUAGGGCCCUGAAUCUUUUCCUGGUCAGGAGAAACUGCUUAGGGGGAAUGUAAAUGUUAUACUCCUCGAGUCCUCUAUCCUCCUUCUCAAAACCUAUUGAAGGAGAAGGUCAGAGGAGAGGGAACUCUGGCUUUCUCAUCCAAUGGAUUUUUAGGAGGCACAGAGAGAGGAUGCGAGGAGUAUCCAAUUGAGAUUCUCCCAUAGUGUUCUACUAAAUUAUCAGUGUACGAGUACACCGAGGUGUGUUAUCCAUCUUAGUAAGGGCCACAGUGUUCACAGUUAAACAUCAGCCAUCUUAGAAAGAGACAUGCAAAACACUUGUUUCUAAUUGUGCGUUCAAGACAACUGGGAACAAAAAAAAAACACCAAGGUCAAAUCAUGACGAUCUUAAGGUCGGAGCUUUAGAAAGAGGCCCAGGUUCCUGGAAUUCCGAGUUGGAUGACCGUUCAAAACUAAAUUUUCCCUGUCGGAACUAGUUUUUUUCCAAGUUCUCAGUUGUCGUAAACGCACUGAAGUCGAAGAGUUCAGAACUCCCAAAGGUUUUGAACGCGGCAUAAGGCUCAGAGUAGGCGACAGCCAGGCAGGAAAAGCCUUUUCUAAACAUGCUGGCUCAUCAUUCACAUUCACUGUUUUAACAGCAUCCAGCUCUCACCUCUCGCACAUACACUUCGUUUUCAAAGUCUGUCGGCAAGUGGUUUUCCUGAGAACAAUAUGAAACAUCUAUAUGGAUCUAAUAUGCAUUGAAGGAUGGAUCUACAAUGUAUUGAAGGAUUUUAUACAUAGUUAAAUAGAUUUCUAGAUUACAGGCGGCCAACGUGUUCUGUAUCCCAUUCAAAUAUUCUAUCUUCUACUAUUCAGUCUUUCACUGUCUGGGUGUGGUCUUUCACCUCCUCAAUGUCUUUAUGUCUGGGUGUGGUCUUUCACCUCCUCAAUGUCUUUAUGUCUGGGUGUGGUCUUUCACCUCCUCAAUGUCUUUAUGUCUGGGUGUGGUCUUUCACCUCAAUGUCUUUAUGUCUGGGUGUGGUCUUUCAUCUCCUCAAUGUCUUUAUGUCUGGGUGUGGUCUUUCACCUCCUCAAUGUCUUUAAGUCUGGGUGUGGUCUUUCACCUCCUCAAUGUCUUUAUGUCUGGGUGUGGUCUUUCACCUCCUCAAUGUCUUUAAGUCUGGGUGUGUGGUUGUCGUGUCAAGUUCUUCAGCACCCUGUUCCCACAAAGGGAGCAACAUAAGUCAAAAGUAGUGCACUAUAAAGGGAAUAGGGCAUUUCGGACUUGUUCUAACGGUUAAGACGUUGGCCAGGGGGUGGGUUGGCGUGUGCGGUGACCAUGUGUCUCUCUAAAUUCUUCAGCACCCUGUAUUUUUUGCCACAGAGGGUGCAGCCAAAGGGUUUCUCCCCUGUGUGAAACCUCAUGUGGAUCUUCAGUUUCCCAUUGCACCGGAACUGCUUCCCGCAGUCUUUACAGUGGUACGGUUUCUCCCCUGCGUGGGCCCUCUGGUGCUUCUUCAGGUUCUUCCUGAGCGAGAACGCCCGUUGACACUGGGAGCAGCAGUACGGUUUCUCUCCGGUGUGGUUUAAACGGCGGUGCCGCCGCAGCUUCCGUUUCCGGUAGAAGAUCUUGCUGCAGUCCCAGCAGAUGCGCAGGCGACGGUGACACUGUCCCACCAGCCGCAUGUCCUUGAGCUUCACUGGAGAGGAUGAGAUAAGAUAGGAAAGCAUAAAAUACGAUUAUUAAUGCAAAAUUCCAGUAAUUUCCCCAAAAUUCCCAGAAAUCCUGGUAAGAUUCCCAGAAUAAAAGAGGGAAUUCUGGAAAAGUGGAAAACCUGGCAAAUUUGGGAGUGUUAACAGAAUUUUGCACCCUUGGAUAAGAUAAGACAAACUUAAUUAUCCACUAGGGUAAAACAGUCUUAGACACAGUACUACUGUAUUCCUAAUAAAAACUAUACAUUGAAUACUCGACACAUACAGUGCCUUCAGAAAGUAUUAGUUCCCCCUUCACUUAUUCCAUUUGUGUUACAGCCUGAAUUCAAAAUGGAUAAAAUUGAUGCCCCAUAAUGACAAAGUGAAAACGUGUUUUUAGAAAUGUUUGCUAAUUUAUUGAAAAUUAAAUACAGAAAUCUCAUUUACAUAAGUAUUCACAGCCCGUAGGCAAUACUUUGUAGAAGCACCUUUGCUAGUGAUUACAGCUGUGAGUCUUUCUGGGUAUGUCUCGAAGCACAUUCCACACCUGGAUUGCGCAACAUUCUACCCAUUAUUAUUUUCAAAGUUCUUCAAACUCUGUCAAAUUGGUUGUUGAUCAUUGCUAAACAACAAUUUUCAGGUCUUGCAAUAGAUUUUCAAGUAGAUUAAAUCAAAACUUUAACUCAGUCACUCAGGAACAUUCACGGUCUUAUUGGUAAGCAACUCCAAUGUAGAUUUGGCCUUGUGUUUUAGGUUAUUGUCCUGCUGAAAGAUGAAUACAUCUCACAGUGUCUGGUGGAAAGCGAACUGAACCAGGUUUUCCUCUAGGAUUUUGCCAGUGCUUAGCUCCAUUCCUUUUAUUUAUUUUUACCUGAAACACACCUGAGUCCUUAACGUUCCACAAGCAUACCCAUAUCAUGAGCAGCCACCACUAUGCUUGAAAAUAUAAAGUGGUACUCAGUAAUUUGUUAUAUUGGAUUUGCCCCAAACAUCACACUUCGUACUCAGGACAAAAAGUUAAUUGCUUUGUCACAUAAAAAAAAUGUUUUAUAUUACUUUAGUGCCUUGUUGCAAACAGGAUGCAUCUUUUGGAAUAUUUUUUAAUCUGUACAGGCUUCCUUCUUUUCACUCUGUCAAUUAGGUUAGUAUUGUGGAGUAACUACAAUGUUGUUGAUCCAUCCACAGUUCUAUCACAGCCAUUAAACUCUUUUAAAGUCACCAUUGGCCUCAUGGUGAAAUCUCUGAGCGGUUUCCUCCCUCUUUGGCAAGUGAGUUAAGAAGGACGCCUGUAUCUUUGAAGUGACUGGGUGUAUUGAUACACCAUCCAAAGUGUAACUAAUAACUUCACCAUGCUCAAAGGGAUAUUCAAUGUCUGCUGUUUUGUUUUACCCAUCUACCAAUAGGGGCCCUUCUUUGCAAGGCAUUGGAAAAGCUCCCUGGUCUUUGUGGUGGAAUUUGUGUUUGAUAUUCACUGCUCUAAGGUACCUUACAGAUAAUUGUAUGUGUGGGGUACAGAAAUGAGGUAGUCAUUCAAAAAACAUGUUAAAUACCAUUAUUGCACACAGUGAGUCCAUGCAACAUUAUCUUAUUUGUUAAGCACAUUGUUACCCCUGAACUUAUUUAGGGUUGACAUAAUAAAGGGGUUGAAUACUUAUUGACUCAAGACAUUUCAGCUUCUCAUUUGGAAUUAAUUUAUAAAAAUGUCUAAAAACAUAAUUCCACUUUGACAUUAUGGGGUAUUGUGUGUAGGCCAGUGACUUAAAAAAGAAUAGCCAUUUAAUCCAUUUCAAAUUCAGACUAACAAAAUGUGGAAAAAGUCAAGGGGUGUGAAUACUUUGAAGGCACGGAGUAUACAAACCAUUAAAAACACCUGCUAUUUCCAUGACAGACUGACCAGGUGAAAGCUAUGAUCCCUUAAUGAUGUCACUUGUAAAAUCCACUUCAAAAUCAGAGUAGAUGAAGGGGAGGAGACAGGUUAAAGAAGGAUUUUUAUGUCUUGAGACAAUUGAGACAUGGAUUGUGUGUGUGCCAUUCAGAGGGUGAAUGGGCAAGACAAAAUAUUUAAGUGCCUUUGAACUAAGUAUGGUAGUAGGUGCCAGGAGCACCGGUUUGUGACAAGAACUGCAACGCUGCUGGGUUUUUCACUCGCAACAGUUUCCCGUGUGUAUCAAGAAUAGUCCACCACCCAAAGGACAUCCAGCCAACUUGACAACUGUGGGAAGCAUUGGAGUCAACAUGGGCCAGCAUCCUUGUGGAACGCUUUUGACACCUUGUAGAGUCCAUGCCCCAACAAAUGAGGCUGUUCUGAGGGCAAAAGGGGGGGGGGGGGGGGGGUGUAAUUCAAUAUUAGGAUGGUGUUUCUAAUGUUUGGUAUACUCAGUGUACAAACAAGAAGGGAGGACUAAGGCUUCAAUUCCUUGCAUCCUCCAUCCUCACCACCUUCUCGAAACCUUCUGGAAAAGGUCAGAGGAGAGGAACUUUGGACUUACUCCUCCAAUAAGGUUGAGGAGGCGAGGAGAUCCGAUUCAAGGAAUUGAGAGUUACAGAAUUGGUGAAUACCUGAACAGGUUCUCAUCUGCUUCUCCAGCUCACGGGGCAGCAGUGGUGGAGUGGAGGGGAAGCGGUGAGGUGGAGUGGUGGUGGGGGUGAGGGGGGCACGGUGCGGUGUUCUGGAGGA